UGCUUACCAAGGGCAGAUAACUCUGAUGGUGUGAUAAUGGCUGCUAAAGAAAUGGAUGAUUCCGCAGAGUCAGGUGCUGAGGUCUUCGCUGACGCCUUGGUCGGACAAGUGAGGAGAGACGAUGUAGCUUCAAUGGUUCAACAUCAACGAGAAAUGUUGUCUAGGUUUGAAAAGACCAAUGAGAUGCUGAUCAACUUUAAUAUGCUGUCUUCCAGUCGGUUUGAAACAACAAGUCAGGAGUUUAAGAGACACACCAUGUUGCUGUAUGACAUGAAGAAAGACUUGGACGUUGUAUUCCGGAGGAUAAGGAAGUUGAAGCAGAGGCUGUCGAAGAUGCACCCAGAAGCCUUUUCAGCAUGUAGCAAUGUGUACAACUUUAUAGAGGCAGAAGACGAUGAUGACGAUGAUGAUGAUGAAGAUGAGGAUUCUGGCACGGUCAAGGUCACACCUACUGUUGAUGUGAAGGUCAAAGCUGCCAAACCAUGACACUUGUUAAUGUUACAGAGAUCAUGCUGACCUUGGACUUGUUCUUGUUACAUAUGUAACAAAUGUGAUUGAAUGAAAAUGUGCUCCUUGGUGGUGAUCUCGAGAGGAGAUGACUUAGCUGGAAAAGCUUCUAAAGCACUUAUUUCGUUCCCCAUCUGUCCAGUAGCCACUGAUGUAUGUGUUGUCUUUAAAUGACAACACACCUCUCAGCGAAGGUCCCUGAGAGGAUUAUCAACAUCCUAACUUUGUCUGUGAUAAUACCUAGUGGUGUGAUAGCCAUCAACUGAAAAUGUCCACCCUAUGUCUCAUCUUGUCUGUUAGCAUCCAGGGGCGUAGCUACCAUUAUAAAAAAAGCCCAGGCUUACACAUGAUUUUGAAAAUGAAAGUGGGGCAAGCUCUCAAUACUAUUUAAAUGCAUAGCUUUGUAACCUAUCAGGCUUACACGAAAAUAUUGGCUUGCUACGAGCCUGGCAUCAUCAGGUUGAGAUCUGAGCUCAGAUCAGGGACCAUUUGAAUAUUCAGCUUUUCAUCAAGAUUCUGAGGCUACUGCUUCCACAUUACCAUUAUGUAUAUUUUGGAGAAUUAUGUAUUUAACUUAAAAAAUCCCUCCUGUCACGUGACAGCAUUUAUGUCAGAUUAAGGUAUCAACAAAACUCUGUACAUUACAUAUCACUUUGAUUGAAUAAGAAUGAUUUUGAAAUGAUUUUCUAUAGGUGGACAUUCUGUUUAGAAAAUAAGCUUCAUGUUACCUAAGCAAUGAUUAUACAGUCUAUGAAAGGCCCACCACAUGUGUUAGGUUACACUUGUUAGUUUAUGUCCUGUAUAUCUUUCAUAACAAAUUACUAUGUUAAUCUCAAUAAUUUAUUUUCUAUUGGAUUAUUUAUAUUUGAAUAACAGUGUGUUGAUGGUUCUUUUUGCCAGGGAAAAUACAUGCUAAAUUUGUUAAAAAUGCAAGAUGCUUACUUUGUUUAGAGUAAAAGUAUUCACUUUUGUAUUGACUUGUAAGUGUUUGCAUUGCCAGACUUUUCAGUUCAUAUGAUGGGUUAUCAUGACUAAACAGUUAAAUUGCAGGUGGGCUUUUCCAUUUAAUCCAUACAAAAAAUAUAAUAUUUUAGGGGAAAGUUUCUCUGUUAAUGGAUCUGUAAAUUUCAUCCAGAAGAUAUGCCUAGGAACAUGAGUAGCCAUGGGGGCUUUGUGCAAUGAGGACACAUUGACUAACAGUUGUCAUGGCCAGGCAGUUAAUGACUGGUACAUCCAUACUGGUGCACCACCUGCUUAUCAGUGUUAGAAAUAGCUCAGCCAUGGAAAUAUUGAGAUGGGCCAAAGUGGUCAAAGACUAAAUCACUUGAUCCUGUCCUCCCAGCGGUCAUGCCGUGGUAUAAUGCAGAUACUGUUAGAAACAGUGUUACAGCCCCUUGGCUGCAACCAAGGGACUACUGAUCAUGGACAGUGGGAGUGUUUGGUUUGGAGAGGUCUAAAAUCUCAGUCUCGUUAUUAUGACUGAUUUUGUUCUGUGAUGUCAACACUGAUGAUAUAUCAUCACGGAAGCUAUUUCUAACACUGAACACAGAGCUUGAACAUGCUGCAACCCUGCUAAAAGCAGGACAAGGCCUUCACUCACUAUCUCUCCACAGUUGUAAAUAAUGCAUGCGAUCAUCCAGAGGAGAAUAUCAUCAAGAUCAUACUUCAUACUUCAUUAUAUUGGUUCAUCAGCUGCUUUUCCAUGCUAUGGAAGCCUGACAAAUGAGUUGAAUGCUGUUACUGUGGACGAUCUAGAUUGGCUGGAUGUGAGAAUAAAGUGUCACUGUAUUCA